AUGAUCAAUUUUCUACAUUAUGUAAGAUAUUGGAUACUGAAAUCGGAUGACUUAGAGGCGCUACUUUCCAACAUAUGUGAAACAUUCAGGCUUUCGUAUUGGUUGAUCGGAGCUUCGCCAAUUAAAAUUAUGGUGGACAUUUCCAACUUUAUCAGGCUUGUGCUUAUUAGAAUCUUUCUGGCUUUGCUUAUCCUUUCUAUCAUAAUAAAAGUCGCGAAGGAGAAAUUUAUCGCUUGGUUACAUGGACAAAACUCAGAUUCAGGGAUGUCUGUGUUAACGAGAGGAUACAUGCUGUCUGACAUAUCAACUACAAAACUGUGCAAUAAUGCAGUUAUAACCGAUUUCCAACCAUCAAAUAGCAAUAUAUAUGGAAAUCCAAUACGAAUAACUGUUUCCAGCACUAAAUGUACUAAGUUUUGCGUCCUUCGUGACGUUACUUUGUCCUCUUUUCAUGAUGCCCUUAUUGGUGACCAUAACGGUCUCAGAGAUUACAUUGUUGCCAAUGCUGUUGAGAAAUAUACUGUAAAACCUGGAAGUCAAGAGAUGCUCAUUUCUGUAAGUGUCCAGUCAUCUGCCGAUCAUGGAAAACGUGAAACGUAUUCACUGGUUAUUGGUCUUUUGUCUGGUGCUUCAGAUUCAUCAGUUGAAGAAAUAAACGUCACAUGCUAUAUAAUUCACGUGAAAAUACGAGCAGAAGAAAGUGUGGAUACAAGUAUUAUGUAUACAUUUUGGAAAACCAACUGGAACCGUCUACUAACACCUCAGGUUCUUUUCAAUGCUGGUCAAAAUGCGAAUUCGGAAGAGCAAACAACCAUGUCUGUGAAGACAGUUGCGCCAAAUACCUUGGGGAAUGAUGAUAAUGCUUGUAAAAUAUGGAGACCGUGUUGUUUUAUAUGCUUGUCUUCAGAGACCACAUCGAGUCUUCGUGUCCUCCUUCCCUGUCGUCACGCAGCUAUAUGCCCUGAUUGUUUCAAAUCACUUCAAAAGUCAGCUAUGUCUGCAGUACCGCAUCAUUUAAUUGGAUUGCUUAGUUGCCCUCUUUGUCGAACACCAGUCAGUUCAACACUAUCAUUACCACCUGUAACAGAAUGUAUGAUACCAUGCACAAGUGACAUCGGCGAUGAUGUGAUAGGUACUACUACUUCUCAUAGUUGUAGUAACAAUAUUAACAGUCAUCGUCAUGGAGUUCUCUCAUACUGACAUCAGCUUUAUUUUUUCAUUUUUCACUUUUUAAUAUUGUGAAGUUCUUUAUUCAUUGUGUACACCCUUAUUUUACAAUGGAUGUUGUGGGUCUUCCCAUAUAGUUUUGCUACAGCACAGCGGUCAU